CAAGGGAUGAAGAAGAAUUCGACCCAAACCUCUCCUCGCAAAGCGUUGCUGUGUGUGUGCUCCUGCUGCAUGAGAUCUUAUGUCUUAGUUAAGUGAAGUCAGUCAGUUCAACCACACUUUUGUACGCGGAACGAAACCAAUUUUCCUCUCCGCUUAUACGUUCCAUCGUCGUCAGGAGGGAUAUCGUGCCCCACUAGGAGAACAAGAAAAGCAUGUCAUAAAGUAAGCCAACGCCAACAGUGACGGAGACUUGGACCAACUGUUCUUGACUUUUGACUUUUCCUCCUCUGGCAAUACAGCAGCAGUAGCAAUUGGCCCGUUCCUCGUUGUUCGUGUCAUUUCGAAUCCCUGCAGUUUAUUCCUUGAUUCUACUGUGGGUGGCGGGUGUAAAAAGAUCACGAAGUUGCGUAACUGUAAGACAACCUCCAUAAACACGAGAAACACAAUCUUCAGCACUAACUCAACAACGCCUAGAGAGAAACGUCCGAGAAUAUUGUUAACAAAUUCUUGGACAUAAAUUUUCAGUGAAAACAAUAACUGCAAAGUAAACACGUGAUUCGGGAAGCGUUCUAAUGUCAACUUCCCAAGUACAUUUUACUCAUUAGGAAUGUGAACGAAAAACGUCACCAACUAUUCCAAUUAGAUAAUUAUACUGUCCACAAAGCAACCAAACCACAAUUGUUCAAGUCAUCUCCUCACUCAUCCUUUCAAACAGUGAGUAAUUCGUUCAAAUGAAGAAACACUAGAUGAGAAAACAGAAAGAAAUGAAUUAGUGACUUUCACCAUACAAAAGCUGCCGAGAAUAUACAAGAGGACACUUGUACAGUCAGUUUCCAACAAAGCAACCGACUUCACAGUCUGUCAGUCGUUCGUACCUAAUUAAAGUUUUGGAACCUUUGAUGAGUCUUAAUUUGUAGCCGUUAUUUGGCUUCCCUAGCUCCGGUUUGAUUGAACAUUUAUCUUUGUGACCAUGCGAAUGAAAAGUGGUGGCUGUGGCCGUGGUAGAAGUGGUGGUGAGAGUAGUGGUGAAGAGCAAAAUCGUGGAAGAACAAUGAAACGUCUCUCCUUGCCCCUUGGACUGGUCCUCAUUUUCUCCCAACUUUCUCUCCACUUUCACCAGACAGAUGCACUCCCUGAGACCAUACGAAUCGGUGGGCUUUUUGAUGUAUCCGACCGCUUUGAGGAGACAGCUUUUCGACACGCGUUGGAGAGAGUAAACGAGGAUCAGAAUGUAUUGCCCCGCUCCAGACUAAGUGCCCAUUGGGAGCGAGUACCUUCAAACGAUUCUUUUCAUGCGAGCAAAAAACUUUGUCGAGUACUGAAUGACGGGGUGGCCGCAAUUAUUGGACCCCAGAGUCAAGCAUCAGUAAGUCAUGUCCAAUCCGUCUGUGAUGUCGUGGGAGUGCCACAUGCUGAAACGGUGGCAAAUUACCGGUCAAUAAGGGGAAAUUAUGGCAUCAAUUUAUACCCACAUCCAGCUGUGCUUACAAGGGCUUAUGCCGACGUAAUCACGGCGUGGGGCUGGGAAAAAUACAUAAUUAUUUAUGACGACGAUGAGAGUUUGAUUAGACUUCAAGAUAUUUUAAAAGACUCUGAACCGAGUAGAAGACAAGUUUUCGUGAAACAACUUCCUCCAGAUGGUGAUUACAGACCAUUGUUCAAAAGUCUCACGAAACAGUCUGAUAUAUCAAACCUGAUAUUGGAUUGUGAUACUGCAAAGCUUCCCAAAAUAUUUGAAGAUGCAGAAAGCACAGGGAUGCUGAAAGACAAAAAGUAUUUUUUAACUUCAUUGGAUAUCCAUGCCCUGGACCCAGAGAGGUUUGCAAACAUGGACAUCAACAUCACAUCUCUGCGACUUGUGGACCCCACAAAGCCAAAAGCUCAAUCAAUUAUCACCCAAUGGCAGAACAUUGUUAUUUAUGGAUUUCCAAACCGUACUUACUCGUCUCAUUACUUUGUCGACGAGUACUCCUCGUUUCGAAGCAGAGGACCAAAAACAGCAGCCUCGUCGAAUGAUCGCAUAGAACCGCUGCCAAACGAUGCUAUUUUGACGAAAGCGGCCUUAAUGUAUGAUGCCGUGGAGUUGAUUGCGAGAGGGCUUCAUGCUCUGGACACCAGCCAGUUUCAGCAGCAGAGGAUCGACUUGAAAUCACUUAAUUGUAAAAAAGAGACCACGUGGGGACCCACGGUGCUGGAGGCCAUUCGAAAAACAAUGUUCGAGGGGGUUACAGGGAUUGUGGAGAUUGACCCCACUACCGGAUUUAGAAAUCAAGUACAAUUCGACGUGAUGGAACUUACGCAUAAGACUGGUUUGGCGAAAAUCGGAAUGUGGGACUCUCGCCGACAAGGUGACAGACUCACUUGGACACGAACAGCUGAAGAAACGCUGAGAAAGCAAGAGGAGGAUUUAAAGGACAAAACUUUUAUCGUGGUGACGAGACUGGGCGAUCCAUAUGCAAUGUAUGACGCAAAAACGGGAAACUAUUCGGGAUUCGUAGUCGACUUGGUGAGCGAGUUGGCUAAGGAGAUGCACUUUAAAUUUAUAGUGAAGGAAGUCAGUGAUGGAGGUUAUGGUGGUUUGGAUCGCAAAACGGGACUGUGGAAUGGAAUGAUUGGCGACAUUCUUUCUGGGAGAGGGGACCUCGCAGUUGCUGAUUUGACCAUAAACCACGAUCGUGAAGCUGCCGUCGAUUUCACAAUGCCUUUUAUGAAUCUUGGGAUCAGUAUUUUGUACAAAAAGCCGAAAAAGGAACCUCCAGAACUCUUCUCGUUUCUUCAGCCAUUUUCUCCCGAUAUCUGGAUUUACAUGGCUACAGCAUUUCUCGGAGUAUCGCUCAUUCUCUUUGUUUUAGCCAGGUUUUCGCCGAUGGAGUGGUCUGAACCACCCCCUUGCAGUCCAGAAUAUGGAGAAAUUCUCGAAAAUCAGUUCAAUUUGGUUAACUCGCUCUGGUUCUCACUCGGCUCCUUGAUGCAACAAGGUUGCGACUUUUUGCCAAAGGCGAUGUCAACGAGAUCCGUUGCAGGAAUGUGGUGGUUCUUUACGUUGAUCAUGAUCUCAUCCUACACUGCCAACUUGGCCGCCUUCUUGACAAUGGAAGGUUUUGAGGAAGGAAUCACGGAUGUUGCGAGUUUACCAACGCAGAGUAAAGUAAAAUAUGGAUGCCUUGAAACGGGAACGACGGCGAAAUUUUUUCGGGAGUCAUCAUUUCCGCUAUACAAGGAAAUUUGGAACAGCAUGGCCAACAUGAAACCUUCACCUUUUGAGAAUAAAAAUUCUGACGGGAUCAAACGUGUCAAUCAGUCGGCAGGAACUUAUGCAUUUUUCAUGGAAUCCGUUAGUAUUGAGUAUCACACUCAGCGAGAGUGUUCAUUGACUCAACUUGGUGGGUUGCUUGAUUCAAAGGGAUAUGGCAUCGCUCUAAAGAAAAACUCGAAAUAUCGAGAAGCCUUCAACAGCAAGGUUUUGGAGUUUGCGGAGAAAGGUUUACUUCAACAGUUGAAGCAUCGUUGGUGGGUGGAAUAUGGGGGUGGACAAUGUCCGUCCGUCACGGUGUCAAGUAGCGGUGCAAAGCCGUUGACCAUGGCGAAUGUGGGUGGUGUCUUUGUCGUCCUGCUGGGUGGUUGUGUAUGUGCAACGUUAAUGGCAGUGAUAGAAUUUCUCUGGAAAUCUAGAAAGCUCGGGAGAAAUGAGGAUGAAAAUAAGUUUGACGAGAUGGUGAAAGAACUCCGAUUCGCAUUACAGUGCCAAGGGGACAAAAAACCUGUAAAAAAGAGCAAACCACCCACGCAAAAUCCCAGUCUGGCCGGAAGCACCCCAUAUUUGCCGUUCGCGAAAAAAGAUCCGUCCGAAUAGUUCUUAUUAUUAUUAAACCGACAAAAAAUUAUCGUUUAAACGUCAAACUGUAUUUUUACCCUUAUUUCUUUUGUCACAAAUGCCUUAUUACAAUAUUUAUAACUAAUUAGUGGAACUUUAGCAAAAGAGGUAAAGUUAUUAUAUCGAGUGCCUUAAUAACUAAUUGAUAAAUAGUCGUAAUAAAUAAAUAAAUACUAUUCUCACAAUGUGUAUUAUCUUGUAAUUAAACAACGGUUGGGUGACAAAUAAAUUUAUAAUAGGUUAAUAAAGUAUGAGAAGCAAUAAAAUGUAAACACAACCGUCACACGGACAAGGAAUGCAAAAGAACAUGUAAUUUUAUACGUAAGAAAGUUGAGACACUUUUGUAAAGCAGGUGAUUGAGAUGGCUGGAUGUAAAGUUGCAUCCAAUAAAUAAACCGAAAGACACAUGAGA